AGGCUGGGGAGGGGGCGGGGCCGGUUCCUCGGGCCGGCCCGGCGUGUUGGGCCCCGCCGUGUCCAUGGUGACUGCCGCCGCCGGCCAGCGCUGGCACUCGGGGUGCGGGGCCAGCCGACAUGUACGACCGCGCUCCGCGGGCGCUGACUCGGCCCGCGGGGGGCACUGAGGCUCAUGUGGGGCCCGGCUCCUACCAGCUGCAGCCCGGGAAACAGCAGAAAGCAGAUGGCUAUGCUCCAUUUCUUUCUUUGACAACUCGAGACUUUGCCUUUACUUUUCCAAACGCUGAGGUUGAUGUUCCAGGACCAGGACACUAUGAUAUUGCCAAAGUACAGAAUAAUAUAAAAGGUGGUGAGAGUCUGCAGAACAAAGAAAAACGUUUCAAAGAGAUCCGUACAGAAACUCCAGGACCGGGAAGCUAUAACCAACCUCCUGCUGUGGAGUUAGAGAUUAAUAACAGGAAGGAGAGAGAGCCUAAAGAACAUAGUCAACAGAGGACUGCUGGCAGUAUAAAAGUCUACCGAAAAGUGGAUGGUCCCUCUAUCCCUUCUCCUGGCCAAGCAUUUGGGUAUGAAGAAGCUGAGGAUGGCACUCUUAUUAAACAAUACCCACCUCAAAGAGAUGUGACAUUGGGUCCAGCAUACUAUCGACCAGUAAUUGGUGCUAUCAGCAGCAUCCUAAUCACUGACAUUGCUUCAGCCUGGAGAAGGCAGCAGGCCCAGCUGAGGGCAAUUAUACACUUUCUGUAUGUGGAGUGUGAGAACCUGGGUGACCAUCACUGGGCUAACAAGAAUGGUACUUAUUCUGCCAUGAAGUAUAAAGGAGUACAUUUUGGUAAUUUAACAGGAAAACGUAGUGAAUUUAAGGCUCAAGCAGGGCCUGGACCUGGGGAGUAUGAUAUAACUCAGGAAAGUGCACUGCAUUAUGAGAAUGUCAACAUCAAAAAGGAAGACAAGAAAAAAUAUGAACCCUAUGUCCCACGGUAUCAUGAAGUAAUAGUAUUACAGGAAGAAAAGAAGGGUGUUCCAGGACCUGGACAAUAUGAAAUAAAAAGUCAGUUUCAGAAGGUGGAGAAUACAACACAGAAUGGAAAUGAAGUUCCACGUGCUCCUUUUCUUUCGCAGUCCAAAAGAUUUGUACAUGUGAAAUCAAUCACCCCAGCUCCUGGUACAUAUAAUGAACCACGCUCAGCUCUUGAAUCCUUGAAGAAAACAUCAGGAAUGAAAAAGAUCCCAUUUGGUCAAACUACAGUUCGGUUCACUCAGGACUCCAGGCUCGAAAAAACACCAGGUCCAGCUUUCUAUAAUAAUCUCAACUGUAGUAUUGAAAAAGAGAAUUUUAAAAAAGCUUACAUGGAGAGUACAAAGAAAGGAGCAUUUGGAUCUUCAGCUCCUCGACCUCUAUAUGUUUUUAAGAGGGGAGCUUUCUGUACUCCUGGACCAGCUGAUUAUCAGGGCAAUAGGAGCACUGAAGAAUCACAUAAACAACAAAAGCAAUUAUCUGUUUUCUUGUCAUCAACAGAAAGAACUCCAGUAGUUACCAUGGAAGUUCCACCACCAGGCUCCUAUGAGGUUCAAAAAUCAUUUGAGAAAUCACACAGUAAAAGCCACUACAUGCCUCCCCGAACCACACUGGCUAAAAGAAAGCAUACCUCUUUUCUCAGUGCAACACCUAGAAAAAAUGUACCCAAUACUGACAAGAAUGUACCAGGACCUGGGACGUACAAUCCUGUCGUGAAGACAGCUUCCAUUAUUUCCCUCUUUGUUUCCAGAGUGGAGCGUUUUAAGGAAGUGAAAGAGAUUACUCCUGGCCCCGGAGCUUAUGAGGUGCGGGGGACCCCCUGGACAAGGGUAUGCCUGGCUAGCUGCGAUGCAAGAAGUGCCACAACUGCAGGAAGGUGAACUUGGCUGCAGACGAGCACUCUCAGUGCAUCCGCUGUCUCGGUGAGGGCCACAUCCAACAGAAGUGCUGCCCUGCCAGCAGCUCUGACCGAGAUUCCGCAAGGUCAGAGAGCUUUGCCAAAAAAUCAUCUUUAUGAAGGCAGCUCUCCGACUCCAGCCCUCUGACAGGUGUGAGUCUUCCCCUCAACCUUUGACUUUGAAGGAUAGUGAGUCGAAGAAAUGGUCUGGGGACUCCUCUCAUAAGUUGGAAAAGAGAGUGGGAAGUCUCCUCAGCGAGCUCAGGGAUAGCUGAAAGCGAUCACCAUCUUGCUUGGUGUCCUUGGCACCGCGGGCACAGAGAUCAUCUGGCACUCAUGGCAAAUGUCGGCCUCCAGUACUGUUGACAGGCCCACAGACUCUUUGGGCAUGGGCACUGAAUCUUUAGUACCGAGAGAUAAGGGCAAAUGGCCUAAGAUACUCCCGGUACACAAGUCAACAUCGGUACGGCCAGCAAUAUUAGCCCACCUGGCACCAGAGAGACUGGUGCGGACAAGUUCUCCAUCUCCCCUGGCACUGCCACUGAUGUGCGGGCACUCGGUACCAGCGGAAUUCCAUCAGAUGGUGACUGAGGCAUGUUGAAGGUACCUGACUCUCUGCCCCUCAGUACUGAGCUCAUGGCACUGAGCCAUUGGCAGGCACAGGGUAUCUCCCACAAUGAUGCUGUGCCACUCCAUUGCCAAGUGAGGGGUUGGAUAGUGAGCUGGAGGGAAUUUUGCAGUACGCCUCUCAAGGUCCUCUCAAGGUCCAUAUGGGAUCUACCAUCAACAAGAUCUGGGAACAUAUCAGCAGAUGGCAUUACCAUAAUCUUGGUACGGCCACCCCGGGCACCUCCGUCAGGACUUAUGCCAACACAGUGCCCCUAUUGGGACCCUUGGGUGGUGCUCCGACAGCCUGCCUCAAGGGUGUGAAGCAUCACCCAACAAUGCCACAGGCGUGCUCCCUUGGCCACAGCAUUGAGGGCCUUAGAGCCUCAAGAAAUGGAGAAGCAAGAAGGGGACAUGGAGGAGGAGGUAACACCUAAGGCCAUAUCCUUCUCUUCCCUGGAUGAAGCUUUCACUACCUUUCAUGGCAUAUGACUUCCACUUGUUUCAGGAGCUGGUGAAAAGAGUGGCAGACAUACCACUGGAGGAGGUCAAAGACACACACCACCAGCUCAUCGACAUCCUUCACUCUUCCUCCUCAUUGAAAAUCGCCCUCCCAAUCAAUGAGGCUCUCCUAGACCCAGCUGAGACAAUGUGGCAAACCCCAACAUCAGUAGCCCCCAUGUACAAGGGGGCAGACAAAAAAUAUUAUGUCCCCACAAAGGAAUCCUUCCACAAGAUCUAUCUCCUCAUCUGUGGCCUUCUUUAAGGAUGUCCCCAUCUCAGAGAUCUGCAGAGUGGUUAUGUGGGCACCUUUGUGGAACAUUGUGCAAUUGCUGGGGACUCUGUUUCUAUGCCAUCUUCAGCUCCACAGUACUAUCAUCAGAGCAAUAGUUAGCACACCUCAGAGGGAAAGGGACAAAACAACCUAUGUGCACCCCGAUCCUGAUGUAUGUGACACUUGGUGUAAGCUAGAGCCUUGGAACUGCUCUAAUUUAUUCUUAUCUGCCUUUGGUGCCAAGGGAUCAUUUCAGCAGGAAGGCAUUACUAGGACCUAGGAAUAACCCACAGCAACAUCCCUUUUGUCUCAGCUAUACCCACUUUCCAUGGGACCAGUAGUGGUGUAGCACAGGAGCCACUGAAGUGGUUCUAUUUCACCUGGAGGUUUGCCUACAGUGGAAAUCCAGUUUUGGUGGGAUAAUACCGCAGGGGACUGGAUCUGAGGUUUUUACAGCUAUUCUGUGCUGUCAGUCGUGCAAAUUAGCCAGAGCAGGGGCCAAGAUCUGGUCCUCGGUCUAGACUAUUUAGCUAUAACAAAGUUUUGUCAUAGACCUCAGUGAGAGCAAUUUCAUGCCCAUCGUAAGAACUACAAUAACUGUAAACUCUCCUCACUGUUGAUUGCUCAUAUCAAAUGAACUUACACUGGACAAACUUUUUCCCUAUUCUGUUCUAUCUGUAAUUUUAUAUAUAUAGAUUGUAGCAUACUUAAGAAAAAUACAUUUAACAUUAUGAAAAAGAACAAUUCUAUAUUACAAUUGUCGUACUUCUGCAUAGAAGCCUUCCAGAGAGAGAUUUGUGAACCUUGCUAUUUCAAUUUCUCUAUAUUUAUUCUAUAUUUUAUUUCCUGAUUUAUCCAAAGAAGCUCCCCAAUUUACACUCAUGUUUCGCUGAGAUUUUUUUCCUGGCAAUUAUUUCAUUUGUUGUUCUAGAUUGUCUUGAUAGUUUGCACUGUUAUGAGACCAACACCUCUCUGUGAAACAGUCCAUCCCCAGAAGCUGAAAAGCAACCACCUCAAGGCAAUAUAUAAACACUGUUUUUAUUUCCAUGGCUUCAGUUUUAAAUUAGCUCCUGAUAGACAUGUUUUGUAUGUCAAAGGUUUAUGUUCUAUGAUGUCAGAAUAUAUAAUUUACAAAUUAAAGAGCAUGUUUAUCGGUGUGCAGUUCAUGUGUCAUAGUCUUCAUGGAGUGAACUGCUUAGAACUUGACAUGCUUUCUGUGUGCUACAAAGAAUUAUGAUCCACUGCAGUAAUGGAGCGGUUGAUGAUACAGCUUUUAAUGUUGUACUGCAUGGAUAUUCCCAAUGUGAAGCAGAAGCUAUUUUAAAAUAUGUCUCAAUGUUAAUUUUAGCUAUUAUGUUACUGUCGAGUUAGAAUGCUAUCUUUAGGUAAGGAAGACAGGAUAAUACAUAUAUAUAUACACUUUUGCUCUACAUUCUUGCUAUGUGGUGUCUCUUCUUUGUAAAGUCCAUUUUGAAGUUUUCUGGUCUUUUAUGUAAAGUCACUCCACAUUCUUAGUUGUUUUUGUAAAUGUAUUUAACAAAUCUACUAUACAACAAUACAGGCACUUGGAUCAUCUGUUCUCCAGCAAUCUUAGUUUGGUUCAAC